AUGAAGUUCACUACCGAGAUCACUCUCCUCACUCUGGCUAUGGGCGUCUUCGCCGAGCCCCCCACCAAGGUCGUCGCCGAGCGUGACCUGGCCACCAUUCAGGGUGUCAUCCAGCAAGUCGGUAACUCACUGAAGGACCUCAAUAAGGCUGGUACCCAGCAGGUUAUGGGCACGAGCGAGAUCACCCUCAACGAGGCCCUCCAGCUCCAGCAGUUCGUCUCUGGACUUCAGAGCGACGGCAACGCCCUCACCAAGAACCUCGAGAAGAAGAAGCCCGAAUUCGAGAAGGCCAGCCUUUGCGGUAUCAUCUCCUCACAAGUCGGCUCCGUUGGCGAUGGUGCCAAGAAGCUCAUCGAUACCGUCGUCACAAAGGUUCCUCAGAGUGUCCAGUCCGUCGCCAGCCAACUUGCCGGCAGCUUCGCCACAACACUCUCAUCAACCCAGCAGUCAUUCGCCGCAGGCAACUGCACCAACGCAAACGGCAUGGGUGGCGGCGGCAACGGAACCUCCAACAACGGUACACCCAAGACUUCCUCCCCCGCCAAGGCUAGCGCCGCUACCCUCUCCGUCGGCCUCGGCUCGAUCGCCGCCGCGGCGUUUGCUGUCAUGUUGCUGUAA